GAGUUGGUGUGGACUUAGGCCACAUAAGAUGGAGACCAAUUUACCUAGUUUGCCGAUGAUGGAAAUCUUCUCCUAUCUGGAUGCCUACAGUUUGCUUCAGGUUGCCCAAGUGAACAAGAACUGGAAUGAACUUGCAAGCAGUGAUGUCCUGUGGAGGAAGUUGUGUCAGAAGAGAUGGUUUUUCUGUGACAUGGUCACCCUACAGCUCCACGGCAAAGAGACAUGGAAGCAGUUCUUCAUUUACCGAACAUGGCAAGAACACGCCAAGACCCGGGCAAAGCCAGAAGAUUUCACUUACAAGGAAAUUCCUGUGGAGUUUGAAUUUCGGGCUUAUGCAUAUUAUAUCUCAAAACAUGGCUUAACAAGAAAUGGACAAGGGAAGUCUGCUGUCUGUAUGGUGACUUCCAUGAACAGGAUUUCUACCUGGGAUAUUCACGAGGGUGUUAUGACCUGGGAAAGCCCAGUACAGGAAUUCUAUAUCGAGCUGAUGACUACCCUCCCUGAGAUGCACAUUGUGGUCACUGUAGAUAUAAGAUCAACUAUCAAACUGUGGGACUGUCACAACAGCGAAGCUCUGGCAACUAAGCGCAUGGUCUCUUCCUGUCAAUUACUGAAAGCUGUCAUUACAAAGGAUGGCCCGAUUGUCUUGGUAGGUGACAUCUCGGGGAACCUCUACAUCUUUAGGAUUCCUGACUUACACCUCAUUUCCGAGGUGAAUGUAUUCCCAUACAGUAUUGAUGAACUCCACUGCUCUCCUCAGAAUAAAUGGGUCUUUCUGAUUAUGAAACACCCACAUGUCUUGACAAAGGUGUUUUACAUGAACAGCUUACUGAGGCCAUCAGAAUUCUCUGACCCAGUGUCUACCAUUCUCGAAUUUUCCUUAUGCAAAAGAGCCUUCUGGACCCCAAGAAGGGAAGACAGGAUAACCUUGAUGUCCAGAAAUAUACCCCCAAGCCCCACAAAAUUUGGCAUAUUUGAUAUGAAGCUGGAAGAGAUCGGGAACAAAGUAACUGUUCAAGGACAUUUGACAGCCAGCUUCUCAUUGGCAGACUAUGAGGGGACACCAGAAUGCUUUGGAGUCAGUGAUAAGGACGUGUUUGUUUGUUCAACUGGAUCCUCUCUCUUGCUCUUCAACAUAAAUGGUCUCUGUCUGCAGACAUUUCAGUACUGUCCAGAAAUGAUCGUGAGACUCUGUGUGGAUCCUGUUCAUGUCAUUGUCAUCUGUAACAAUGGCUCUUUGGAUGUGUAUGCUUGGGAGGAGAGAAGCCCGCUGCUCAGGAAGUGUUAUCGACUGCAAAACAGGAGUUAUCUGCCCCCGUCCAGCUUCAUUAACAAAGCACUAUGUGACGAUGUGAGCAUAAUUGGAGUCAUGACAAACAGUCCUGCCCCCUGCUAUCUGAUGGCAUAUACCUUGAACAUCUGCUCUUGAAAACUGAGUGAUUGUGUGUCAUCUUACUCAAUGAUAAUAAAGGUCUAUUUGCAAGCAAAGGCUGGUAUUUCAGUGUUGCUAAUCCUUGAAGUGGCCAAAUUUGGUGGUACACACCUUUAAUCCUGACAGAGGGAGUCAGAGGCAGAUGGAAGAUCUGAGUUCUGAGACAAGCCUGGUCUACAGAGCUAGUUCCAUGCUAGCCAGUUUCCUUCAAGAGAACCUAUCUCUGAAACAAAACUUAUGGCUAGAUGUACAAACCAUUUGGCUAUGAAAUCUGUCAUUUCAUUGCUAUAGGGUUGACUCAGAUGACCAGGACAUGUGGACAGUAUGGCAUUGUGGUCUUCCCUCUAUAAAGUGGAGCUUCAGAAUUAAACUUGGAGACUUGAUC